CUCACAUUGGCUCGAGGCAUUCAAAGGGUCGCACUGAAGUCGAUGCAACGCAAGGUCGUAGCCCUGAUCUGACAAUGUGAUAGAAAUCAUAUAUGAACUCCAGCCCGACCCUCUUCCCACGGCAAAAUGGAUUCACGCAGCUAUCUUCACCGUCCCUCUUGACACCAGCUUUUCGCAAUGUCCAUCGAACAUGAAGCCUCAAACCUGACAGACAUCCUCGAAGGUCCAGCCAUGGACCCCCCUCCCGGUGUCAUUCCCAACUUCUUGGAUCCCGGCGGUAGUCAUUCACUUGGUUAUGGCAUCGUGAUACUUGCGGGGGCCCUAGCGACUUUAUCCGUCUUGGUUCGUUUGACCUCUAGAUAUUUUCUUAGAAAAGUGGGCAUCGAGGAUGUCUUUCUAGUAAUCGCACUGGGUCUUUUUGGAGGAUUAGAAUAUAUUGACUAUUCCGUCUCGAUCUCCCCUGGUGUUCCGGUUCAUCAAUGGAACGUCCAGUUCAAACAUCUUGGGCUAUUUCUUUUCCGAAAUCAUCUUGCUUCUAUUUUCUAUUGCUUAAGUAUAAUGUUCCUCAAGCUUGCUAUCCUAAUAGACUGGCUGCAAGUAUUCGUCCCUAAGGGGCAGCGCAAUGCUAUCUUCUGGACGAUCCACGUUUUGAUAUGGAGUAACAUUGUGUUCUAUGUUUCUGGAACACUCCUUGAAAUCUUCCGCUGCUCGCCGCGCCAGAAGAUCUGGGAUCCCUUGUUCGAAGGUGGCACAUGCCCUGUGGAUGCUAAUACUAGCAAUUUCACAUCGGGUGUAUUCAACCUUGCUUCAGACAUCGCAAUUCUCGUCUUGCCCCAAUGGGUGAUCUGGAAUCUACACAUGUCAAAAGCGAAGAGAGUCGGAGUUUCGUUCCUCUUUGUUGUCGGUAUCUUUGCUACGGUUUGCGGUAUCGUCCGCACAGUCUAUUUAGUGAAAGUCGUCAACUCCGCAGACUUAAUCUACAACACAGGGAUAGUAGGUCUUUGGGCUCUUGGCGAGAUAGCUGCUGGCUUCUUGGUUAUAGGCGUCCCCGCACUUCCUAAAACCGCGAAUAGCAUCCCAAUUACCGCGUCGGCCAUAUCACUACUCCGAUCACGGGCGCGGCGAGGUACCUCCAGUGGUCACAAUGAACAGCCUAGUGCGCUGUUAUGGCGCAAGCUACCAUCGCGGAAACGUCGUGAUCAAUGGGACAUUACCGAGCUGGAAACCCACAAUUUGGUGACGGUCAAUAAUGAAAACCAGAAACCAGAGCCGCUUGCCAGAUAUUAUCGCAUUGGGGAUACACGAACUCCCGAAAAUGGCAGAUUAGACGGAGUCGCAUCGGAUGCUACGACUGUUAAAGCGGUAUGGGGAUAGGACAGGUGAUAGACGUCGAAACAUUUGACAUAUUGAGGAGAACGAUACCAAUGAUUGAAUGCGUGGUCUUGCAAGGCUUGGACCCCACGGCCUUGAGGGAGUGGUACUGUUACAAUGAUGUUAUUUUUCUAGGAUUCAAGUUGCAGUCUUACAUAUUAUAAAAAUCCUCAUGAG